GGGCCUGCAGGGGAGCGAACAUGGCAGCGCCGGAGUCCGGGAAGAGGGAUUUUUGCCCCUAGAGCGGGGAUUAACCCUCCUCCUCCCGCCUCCGGAUGCGUCCCUGGGAGACUCGCGCUUCAUCUGCCGCUCCGGAUUAUCCACCCGCCCACCCCCCUUCCCCCCACUCCCCCCACUCUCUUUCCCGGUAUUUUCUCUCCUCCUGGAGAUUAUCAGGUUUCCCGCCCCUCCCUCUCCGGGAUCCUCCACCUCCCCCCUCCGAGGGGAUUAUCUCCCCCCUUCUCUGCCAGAUUAUCCCCCCAGUUUGCUGUCCCUCCCUCCGCGUUUAUGCUCCUCCGCAGCCUCGCCUCUCGGGGAUUAUCUCCUCUCCCUUUGGGGUGAUUCUUCCUCUCCUGAUCUCUGCCCCGGCCUUUCCCUGCCUAUUUUCUACCUGAGGAAGUCAACACUCCCCUUCCGUCUGCCUCUGACUGGGGAAAGGGGCGAAAAUGUGGUUGUGAUCAGGUGGGCAGGAGUUUCCAGCAGUGCUGUCAUCUCCUCGGUCGUUGUACGAGUACUACAGCCAUGCAGCAGGUCUUAGACAACCUUACUGAUCUGCCGACAUCGACAGGCGCUGAAGAAAUAGACCUGAUUUUUCUUAAAGGCAUUAUGGAAAACCCCAUCGUAAGAUCGCUUGCUAAGGCUCACGAGCGACUGGAAGAUUCUAAACUUGAGGCUGUCAGUGACAACAACCUGGAGCUGGUGAAUGAAAUUCUUGAAGACAUCAGUCCCUUAGCAAAUAAGGAUGAAAAUGUUGCAGAAUUGGUUGGAAUACUCAAGGAGCCUCAUUUUCAGUCACUCUUGGAAGCACAUGAUAUUGUGGCUUCAAAAUGUUAUGAUUCCCCUCCUUCUAGCCCAGAAGUCAAUAAUUCUUCAGUGAACAACCAGGUUGUUCCAGUAGAUGCUAUUCGUAUCCUUGGAAUUCACAAAAGAGCAGGAGAGCCACUGGGAGUCACGUUCAGAGUGGAGAACAAUGAUCUGGUAAUAGCCCGAAUUCUUCAUGGAGGAAUGAUAGAUCGGCAAGGUCUUCUGCAUGUAGGGGACAUUAUUAAAGAGGUGAAUGGCCACGAGGUUGGAAACAACCCAAAAGAAUUGCAAGAACUGCUGAAAAACAUCAGUGGAAGUGUCACUUUGAAAAUUCUCCCCAGCUACAGAGACACUGUCAUUCCUCAACAGGUUUUUGUGAAGUGUCAUUUUGAUUAUAAUCCAUAUAAUGACAACCUCAUCCCAUGCAAAGAAGCAGGUUUGAAAUUUUCUAAAGGAGAAAUUCUUCAGAUUGUAAACCGGGAAGAUCCGAAUUGGUGGCAGGCUAGUCAUGUCAAAGAAGGAGGAAGUGCAGGUCUAAUUCCUAGCCAGUUCCUGGAAGAGAAGAGGAAGGCUUUUGUUAGGAGGGACUGGGACAACUCAGGGCCUUUCUGUGGAACAAUAAGCAGCAAAAAAAAGAAAAAGAUGAUGUAUCUCACUACAAGAAAUGCAGAAUUUGAUCGCCAUGAAAUCCAGAUAUAUGAGGAAGUAGCCAAAAUGCCUCCUUUUCAGAGGAAAACCCUGGUCUUGAUUGGAGCCCAAGGAGUGGGGCGAAGGAGUUUGAAGAACAGGUUUAUUGUGCUGAAUCCUACUAGAUUUGGAACUACAGUGCCAUUUACUUCACGGAAGCCAAGGGAUGAUGAAAAAGAUGGGCAAGCAUACAGAUUUGUGUCACGAGCUGAAAUGGAGACGGAUAUUAAAGCUGGCAGAUACUUAGAGCAUGGAGAAUAUGAAGGAAAUCUUUAUGGCACCAAAAUUGAUUCCAUCCUUGAAGUUGUUCAGACAGGAAGGACCUGCAUCUUGGAUGUAAAUCCACAGGCUCUAAAAAUACUGAGGACUUCAGAAUUCAUGCCCUAUGUGGUGUUUAUUGCUGCUCCAGAGUUGGAGACUUUGCGAGCUAUGCACAAGGCUGUGGUAGAUGCUGGAAUUACAACCAAACUUCUCACUGACACUGAUCUGAAAAAAACAGUGGAUGAGAGCGCGCGGAUCCAGCGAGCGUACAACCACUACUUUGACCUGACCAUUGUAAAUGACAACCUGGACAAAGCCUUCGAGAAGCUGCAGACGGCCAUCGAGAGACUGAGGCUGGAGCCUCAGUGGGUCCCCAUCAGCUGGGUCUAUUGAGUGUUCCAGAGGGAGCUUCAGUAACAAAUAAAGUCAGCAGCAGCAAACGUGACGUGUAGAUACUGAUGAUAACCUACAGCACCUGUGCAUUUUUACUCUGUGUAUAUUCAAAAGUACACUGUUCUGAAUUUUUAUAAAAAUGUUGAAGAGAAAGUGUACUUAAAUAUGUAAUUUAUUUUAAUUUUUCUAACUUUUUACAGAUAACCUUUCUAUUCAUAUCACAUGAAGGAAAUGCGUUUAAGCAUUUUUCUAUGUUUUGAUUUAGUAUCUUUGCCUUUUUCAUCUAGAGAAACUUUCAUUCACUUCAACAUUUACAUCGUGGUCUUACAUUUUCACUGUGAUUAAAAAAAGGAUACUUGAAACAAUUUUUGUAAAAUUUGUUAAUGUCAGUGUUUAACUGAUCAAAAGUCUAUAGCUCUUAUUAGGAAAGAACACUAAUUUCUUUGAGGUUUUUUUUCUUCUUCAAAAAAUAAUUUCAUGGGAGCAGAAUUUUAAAUAUUAAAAGCAGUAACAAAAACACAGGUCCAUUGCUCCAGCUGCUUUCAGCUUAAUGUUGGUGCAUUCCUGAUGUUUCAAAAGUUCUUGAUAUCUCUUGAUUUAGAUAACUUUUGUCUAGAUUCCCUUAUAUCUGUCUCCUAAAAUAACAUAGAGCAAUACCUUGCAAGCUGCUUAUUAUGCUUUCUUGGGAGCCAACCUGUUAGCCCAUUACAGUUGAAGUACUGACAUUAGAAAGUCAUACGCAAGGUAAUUCAGUGCAAUUUGAAUAAUGGUGAAGUAGCUUGAGAGAGAACCUGAUAAUGUGGAGCCUUGUAGGUGACACUUAAUGUUUAGGACUAUUUAUUCACACUUGUGAAAACACAUUGCUUAAAAAAAAGGAAAAAAAAGACAUUUUCUUUUCUUAGGACAUUGUUCUGUAUUUGUGUAGUGAUCUGUGGCUUCAUUUCCUGUGAUGUCUAGCUGGGUUCUAAAUUAUCUUUUAAAUAUUUGUGUGUGAUCAACUGCUGUAUUUUGA